AUGACUUUGACCAGCUUGGAUUUGAAAAGCAACUCCAUUGAAGAUAAAGGGGCUCUAGCACUCUCGGAGGCACUCAAGGUUAAUAGGUCUUUGGCUACUUUAGACUUGAGAGACAAUCCGAUUGAGAAGGAAGGAGUCCUGGCGCUUUUAGGCGCGCUCAGAACAAGCCCAACAUUGACUACCUUGGGCCUGCAGAGCACUUUAAUUGAGGAAGAACUGUCGGAGGUACUCAAAGGCAACGCGACAUCCGCCACUCUGAAAUUGAGUUACAGUUCGAUUCGGAAUGAAAUAAUUCUGGUACUAGCAGAAACACUUAAGACAAACGCGACAUUGACUAGUUUGCUCUUGCGGGGCAAAUCAAUUGGGACUGAAGGAGCUCUAGCACUGUCAGAGGCACUCAAGACAAAUAUGACCUUGGCCAAUCUGGACUUGGAGAACAACUCAAUUGGGAAUGAAGGAGCUCUGGCACUGUCAGAGGCACUCAAGACAAACACGACUUUGACCAAUUUGAACUUGAAUGACAGCUCAAUUGGGAAUGGAGGAGCUCUGGCACUUUCAGAGGCACUCAAGACAAAUAUGACCUUGGCCAAUCUGUACUUGGAGAGCAACUCAAUUGGGAAGGAGAACUGGCACUGUCUGAGACGCGCAGAUGGAGAAAAGAACAGAAUAGAACACGUACAUUUAAAUUGCUGUAUUGAGGAGAAAUGA